AUGAUUACGGUCAACAAGUUACUAUGGGUCUUAUGGGUUAUUCUAAAAUCCAAAGACUCUUCUGCAACACACCUCCAUCUCCACCAUCCACGUCUAGCAGAUGUGUUUGAAGACUUCAACCGCCCACACACCUCACUAUUCUCAUCGUCGGCUAUGAGAUCAUCUGAUAUUCAGCAGCAGCAGCAACUCAAUGCCAUAAAUGACCUUUCAUCUCCCGCCAACAUUCCCUCGUUCCUACCUAUAGAAGACAUAUUUGUACAGCCGCAGUUUCAACCAGUCAACCCCGAAGAUGAAGACGACGUUGUGCCCGACCAGCAUGCUGCGUUUGGUAUUACUAGCGUCAUGGAUUCAAGGAGGCAGAUUUCGUGGCGCGACUUGGGGCUUGAAGAGUUGAUGAGUGGUGUGAGAGGCGGUACUGCUGCCCUCCCGGGGAGUAAUGCGCGGAGAAGAAAGAGGAUGGUUUGUUUAAGAUGA